UCUGUCAGUGGAACAUGGUGACAUUAUAAUCAUCAGUAUUCAUCAAAAUCAUUCAAACGACCCGAUUUUUUAUUAUUAUACUUUAUUUAUUUUAAUGCUGUAAAUGCGCAGUGUGUUUAUGUUACGGAUAUAUGUAGCUGUUUAGAGAACCAGACAGUGAAGCUAAAGCUAAGCUAACUGUUGAGAUGGAGUUUGUUGCUACUGCUAGUGAUGAAGAAAGAUGUUCUGAUGAAGAAAUGAAUGAUCAAAGCUGCAGUACUAAAGAACAUGCUAAAUCUCCGAAGAGAAGAAGAGAAAUGAAGCGACGUCAAAGCCAAGCAAACGGUGUAGGACAGGAGUGUUUAGGAAACGCCAAAUAUCACGCCAACACCUCCACCAUAGAUGCACCCAGCACCAGUGGGAUGAAUGAGAACUCCUCUACAGGGCUGGAGAGGUGCAGAAGAGCUCACUUCCUGCACGGACCGUAUCCCAGCACGCACUUCGGACCUAAAGCCUGCAUCCUGCCCAACCCCACCUCCAUCAUGCACAUCCAGGACCCAGUGAGCCAGAGGUUGGUGUGGAAUAAACCACCACAGAACAUUCUGGUCAUCAGGAAGAUUCGGGAUGAGACCCUGCUGGAACCUUUUAAGGAACUCUGUACCUUCCUUAUACAGAAUAAAGGACUGAGUGUGUUUGUGGAGAAGAAGGUGGUGGAGGACGCGGUGCUGAUACAGGAUCAGUCCUUCUCACACAUCAGAGAACAGCUCUGCACCUUCAGAGAGGGGUUUGAUGAUAUAUCAGAUUGUAUAGAUCUGAUAGUGUGUUUGGGUGGAGAUGGUACACUGCUCUACGCAUCAUCACUUUUCCAGAACAGUGUUCCACCGGUCAUGGCGUUCCAUCUGGGCUCUCUGGGGUUCCUCACACCCUUCAAGUUUGAGUCAUUUAGGACUGAGAUGGAUAAAGUGUUCGCAGGUAACGCUGCAGUGGUGCUGCGCAGUCGGCUGAAGGUGAAGGUGUUGAAGGGUCCAUUUGGGGGUGAAAGAGAGAACGGCACUGUUACCCCCUUUCUAAACAAUGCUGUAACCCUGCAGCUACAGGUAUUAAACGAGGUGGUGGUGGACAGAGGUCCCUCCUCGUACCUCUCUAACGUGGAUCUGUAUUUGGAUGGGCGUCUCAUCACCUCUGUUCAGGGUGACGGUGUGAUCGUGUCCACACCCACAGGAAGUACCGCGUAUGCCGCGGCGGCCGGAGCCUCCAUGAUUCACCCAAACGUUCCGGCCAUCAUGGUCACGCCCAUCUGCCCUCAUUCCCUGUCCUUCAGACCCAUCGUGGUGCCCGCCGGAGUCCAGCUCAUGAUCACUUUAUCUCCUGACGCGAGGAACACGGCCUGGGUCUCAUUCGACGGCAGGAAGAGACAAGAGAUCCAACAUGGAGACCGGAUUACAAUCACCACGUCCUGUUAUCCGGUUCCGUCUCUCUGUUGUCAUGAUCUGGUGUACGACUGGUUUGACAGUUUAGCUCAGUGUCUGCACUGGAACGUACGCAAGAAACAAACUCAACUGAGCGACGACCUCGACCCCGCCCUCGACUCCGCCCACACCUGACUUCUACAUACAUACAUACACACACACACAGCAGGACUGAGAGUUUAUUCUGAUCUGACUCAACAGAGAACAGUGGUUGAUCUUCUCGCUGGUAGAGAAUGAGGUUGGAGUUAGAGCAGUAAAUUCUCCAGCCCUCUAAUCAUCUUCUUCAUCCUGAGAUGGUUCAGGUCAGGUGAGAGUGUAAAUCAGCAGAGCAUCGUGUCAGCACUCAGUCUCAUCAUUACAAUAACAGAAACCAGUGUGUUUAGACCAGUCUGGUACCAGUAAAAGAGUCCGCGUGUGUACCGGACUGUUUCAUCUACCGGAAAUAUUUAACAUUAAAAAAUAAAACAUUUAAAAUCA